CAGGCCCCGGGCUUAAAUGCAACACACCGGAGCUUGUCACCGCUGUGUGGAGGGAGGCCCCGCGUCCCCGGUGGCAUCGGAGGUCCCCGAGGGGUCUGGUGGUGUGAUUUGGGCGGUGCGGGUAGAUACAGGGAGGCGGGGUUGAAGUGAGGGGAUGCUGCUGGGCGUUCAUGAUUUAUUCCCUUCGACUCAGGCCUUCACGAUGAGGAUGAUCGAGAGCGUUGACUCCGUGGUCGCCAGGUCGGGUGAAGACCUCUGGGCUGAGAUCUGCUCAUGCUUGCCCCAUCCCGAGCCGAAGGAUGCCAGCGAGGCUUUCACAGACUCCUUCAUGGAUUCCUACCCCAACGGAGGCAGCCAGGGCAGCGGAUCCAAUGGCUCUUCCCAAACGAACCCGAGGCCCUGGGCACCCUUGCAGGAUUCAGAGGUGUAUCUGGCAUCCCUAGAGCGAAGACUGAUGAGAAUCAAAGGCUUGUCUCAGGAGGUGACCUCUAAGGACAUGCUGCGCACUCUCUCCCAGGCUAAGAAGGAAUGCUGGGACAGGUUCCUGCAGGAGAAGUUUGAGUCGGAAUUCUAUGUAGAGGGACACGACUCUGAUGAGAGCACACUGGAACAUCUGAAGCGAUGGCUGCAGCCUGAUAAAGUGGCGAUCAACACGGAGGAGGUGCAGUACCUCAUCCCUCCAGAGCCGCAGCCGGAGAAGCAGGAGAGUGAGGAGGACCCUCCAUCUGCAGAGCAGUGAGAUACACACCAGCCACACACAGAGCUCCUGCUCUGCCCCGGUGAAGUUGUACCCAGUGGUAGUGGUAACAGGAGAAGGGGGAAAAGUGCCAUUUAUCAGUCAUUUAAAUAACCCCAGCACACAAACCCCAACUCUGGACCUGCAGAGGUAGUGACCGCCCCUUGUUAUGGACAGGAGUGGGAGGCCUGUGCCACAGUGUACACAGAACUGAACUCUUUCUUACUCUGAUCUUCUCCCAGCUUGCAGCAGUCGAAUCAUUCCAGUCUGAAUUGUUUGUGAUUCACCAGGAGAUAAUAUUAAACAAAAGCAAAGCAGUUGUUCAGAAGUAUAGGAAAACAUAAUGGUCCAGAACAGAAUAGCUCAAGCCACUGAGCUGUUUUGUCUUGUACCUUUUAAAUUA